AGCGGAAACGCUGACGCAUCUCUGAGCCUGGCGCCGAUUCCUAUAUAACCAGCGCCGCUAGUUUCCGGGUCCUUCGCUGUUGAGAUGCGGUAAAAAAGUGAAAGAAGAGCCCGAUCCGCUCCUCCACGCCAAACCCGGUAAGGCCGCCGCCGCCGCUCCCCGAAUGGCCUCCACCUCCUCCUCCUCGCCUCAGCCGCCGCCACCGGCGGCGUCGCCAGGGGCGGCUUCCCCGUCCGAGGAGCGCCGCGCAGGCGGAGGCGGCCGGCCACCGGUCCCGCCCUACGUCAAGGCGGCGGCGGGGUCCCUGGGCGGCGUUAUGGAGGCGUGCUGCCUGCAGCCCAUCGACGUCGUCAAGACGAGGCUGCAGCUCGACCGCACGGGGGCGUACCGCGGCAUCGCGCACUGCGGCGCCACCGUGGCCCGCGCCGAGGGCGUGCGCGCGCUCUGGAAGGGGCUCACGCCCUUCGCCACGCACCUCACGCUCAAGUACGCGCUCCGGCUCGGCUCCAACGCCGUGCUGCAGUCCGCGUUCAAGGACCCCGACACGGGCAAGGUCUCCGCGCACGGCCGCCUCGCCUCCGGCUUUGGCGCCGGCGUCAUCGAGGCGCUCCUCAUCGUUACCCCCUUCGAGGUGGUAAAGAUUAGAUUGCAACAACAAAAAGGGCUAAGCCCAGACUUGCUUAGAUAUAAAGGUCCCAUACACUGCGCAAGAACUAUAGUUCGAGAGGAAGGCAUAUUUGGUCUUUGGUCUGGAGCAUUGCCAACUGUCAUGCGCAAUGGCACAAAUCAAGCGGCAAUGUUCUCAGCCAAGAACACAUUUGAUAUUGUUCUAUGGAAGAAGCAUGAAGGGGACGGGAAGGUGCUCCUGCCAUGGCAGUCAAUGAUCUCUGGGUUCCUUGCAGGAACAGCAGGCCCUGUCUGCACAGGACCCUUUGAUGUCGUGAAGACUAGGUUGAUGGCUCAAGGGAGAACUGGUGACAUCAAAUACAAUGGCAUGGUGCAUGCCAUACGAACAAUAUAUUCCGAAGAGGGGUUGCGAGCACUGUGGAAAGGCUUGCUUCCCCGGCUCAUGAGGAUUCCACCUGGACAGGCUAUAAUGUGGGCAGUGGCUGAUCAGGUGAUGGGCCUCUAUGAGCGAACUUAUCUGCAGCCAGUUCAUAUUUGACCAUCCUACUUCAGUGCUGCACUGAAAUUUUUUGGUUGGUUCUCAUGAUUUUGAAUCGGUGGUUAGACGUGGAAGCCGUCCAUUAAGUGUAAACUGUUCCAGUGCCUGGAUAUUCAUUUGUUCAUUGCCUAGAGUUGGGUAUUGAUGGAAGCAAUGAACUCUUGUACUACUAUUUUGUUGUCAAUAAUCAUGAAACUCCCUAUUUGGAGUGGGAGGAUAUUUCCGUUGUGGUGACUAUUAUGGUUAUAAACUGCAGUAGCCAGUAGCAUCUGUUUGUAUGAUUGAAUC